AUGGUGAGCAAGCUCCCCAACACCACUUGGCCUAAAGGAGCCUUCGUGGAGACCGUGAAGGUGUGGCAACAUGAGUGGUUCUACAUCACCGAACCCCGCGGCGCCAGAUGGGCGGCCACUCCUGAGUUUAGAUCCGGGUCCCCUAUGCGGCUCGCAUUAUGGACCAACAAGGGUCUAGACUGGGGGUCAACCGACGAAGUGAUGAUGCUGCAAAAGCGCGUUAAGAAUAUGAUAAACAAGUACACCAGUCUUACUGACGUGAUUCAGGGCUGGACAGCGAAGGCGGAGCGGAUCAAGUGUCCGGCUCCGCUAUCUGAAGACCCAGCUGAUCCUCUGCUAACGAGGAUGCUGGUUCCGGUGCCGUAUCAGGCGUCAGAGAAGAAGGCCAAGAAGAAGGGCAAGGAGGCCAAGGGCGGCCUUCGCCGUAAAGAUACUUCGGACGCAGUGUCCGGAGAAACCGAAGCCCACUCCUCCCACGAGGGAGAUGAAGACGAAGAGAAGGAGGAGGCGGAAAGCGACUCUCCCCUCAAGGGGAAGAAAAAGAAGAGGGCAGCCUCCACAAACCCGGAGGAAGGGGCAUCUAAGAGGGAGAAGAUAACCCUCUCGGACGAUUCAGAUACAGAUGCCGAACAUACCCCCUGGCCGAAUCGCAGCGCGGCCGAGGUCGAGACCCACAAGAUUGCCCUUGCCCAAGCCAAGGAGGAGGCGAAGGCGAGCAAAGUGGCCGCAGACAAUGCGGCUGCGGAUUUAAAGUCCGAACACGUUGCCCACCGCCAGUACGGGGAGAGGGUGACCGAGGUGGAGCAAGAGCUCAAGGACGCCGCCGCCAAGUGCGGGUCCUUGGAGGAGAAGAAUAAGGCCCAGGAAGCCAAACUCGCCAAGGCCCUCCAAGAGGCCAAGGAGGCGCGGACCGAAUCCGGGGCAGCUCAUGAGGAAAUUCGGUAG